AGCCUCAAGUUUGUUCACUCUCAAUCCAGGAUCGAGUCAAACACUGCCUAGCUGAGCCCGUGCACGGUUCAAGUCUUUCAUAUGUUUUCCAGUCUUAACUCACACCAAGCCCUCCUACCUCGUUCAUUUGACGCCUUAUCAACAUAUCAGCCCCCGCGAGACCAAUCGGCUCCUCAAGUUACCAUGAAGAAUCCAGACAGGUGUGACGUCUGCUCAUGUGUGUAUGUCCAUGUGGAUAAAGGUCCACCUUGCAGCAUCUGCGCCAAUGGCUCUCACAUUGCUCACCUCCACCUCCCGACGGAUAAGCCUGACAAGUACACGAGAUGGGAAUGUCUUGUUGCCAACUGCACGGUAAAAGACGAGCUCAAGUUCUUCGAGAAGCACAUGGAGAAAGAUCACUUCUACUGUCGAAAGUGCCACGCUGCCUUCAAAGAUUGGGAGACGCUUGUAAAGCAUCGAAUCAGUUCUCCCCUGCACUACGCGUGUAACUUCUGUGGUAUCGAGUUCAAGAGCAUUCAUGGCAUCAAGAGGCAUGUCCAAUUGGACCAUCCUCCGAAGCAAAACCUCAAGUGUAUCGGUUGUGGUGACAUGUUUGACCGAGCUGCCUCCAUGGUCAAUCACCUUGAGCAAGGCCACUGCGCGGUUAUAACCCCGCAAGAAUUCGCUGGUCACAUGCAGCAAAAGAUGAUUAUUGAUUCAGUCUUGAGAGACAAACCUAGUGUUCUUCCAGGGCCUAACCACAUUCUAGCAGCUGUAGACUUGGACGAAGGAGGAGGUGUCUGCCUUCUACAGGGACACAAUAUUCUCGAAGCAGAUGAAGCUUCUGGACAUCCCAAAAUUGCCUCGUUGCAACCAGAGAAGAAACCAACCUGCAAUAGUACCCGAUCGCAGUAUCCCUCUCUUCAAUCUUCGACUGGGACUUCUGGUCUAGACAGCUUUUCAGGCAUGUCAAUUUCGAGCAGCGCUGCCCUCUCAAGUAAAGCUGCUUCUUCCACAGUUUCUACCAUCGAUGACGACGAUGGUUCUCAGAAGCCCUGGGGUAGCCAGACCGGUGCAUCCAAAACGCUCUUUCCGGAAUCAAGACCUACGCCAGUCGACCAUGACUGGCUUGAAGGUAAACGACAGGCGGAUAUAGGCUACGCUCGCCAGAAUGGAUCCAAUCUUUUCAAGGACCGUUAUUGGGAUCCGUCAAGCGAGCGGUUCAAAGCUGAAGCAUUCUUUAAUGCUGUGAUGGAGUUUUAUGAGUGCCCAUUUAACCCAUGCAACCAUAAGUCUUACUUGCCUAGCGAUCUGGUCCAUCACAUCCAGACAUCUCAUCGAGCGAUUGAAUACCGAUGUCCUUGUUGCUUCAAAUGGUUCAAGACUGCUGCGGCUCUUAUGGGCCACGCCGAAGCCGCCGGAACUAGAUGCAGAAUCUCGAAGACUGAGAACUAUCGUGAAGCAGUUAACCAAUUCUCCGCAGGUUUUAUCCAAGCCAACGAGGGAAAGCACCCGGACAUACCUGUUCAAAAGGUCGUGGGAUAUUCGCUAGACAAGGACGAUGAGCUCGUGCCCACGUCGACCGAGAGCAUCAGACACAACGUCUGGACCUACGAAAGCAGCAAACCUUCCGACUGGGAGUCUGGUCAAGAGCAAAGGAAGGUGGAAUACGAGAGAAGCCAGCUCACGGAUCCAUUCGGCUAUAAUCAGCGCUACGCUCACAUCAACACCGCCACUCAUUUUGAAGGUGGCCGGCCUAGUCUGCCUUCAAUGAUGCAUCACGGUAGUCUGUUUCCUGAGCGGGAUAUUAUGGGUGGAUCUUCGAGCAAGUAUUCCGACGGACUUCGUACACAGCAAGAAGCUCUUCAGGGGUACACGUUACUCGACCCCCAGAAGUUGAAGCAGCAAAAGAAGCGUAAUGCUUGGUCGAAAUUUGCCGCCGGCAUUGAGAGUGUGGACAAGUACAACGAGCUCAUCAGUGGUUCUGAUGGAGGUAGUAUCAAGGUCGAUGGCUUCGACAGCGAGGAUGAGGGCGAAGCGACGGAGACCGAGUAG